ACUGCACAUAAUAGUUUCGGCAUUGAAGGUCACGAUUUCAUUUCUUAGGAGAAAUCCUUAGGUAAUUUAAACAUAAAAAAAGUAAAUAUGUCGGAUGUCGAUAAGCUCUUGAAUCGCGUUGAAACAACCCUUAAUAAGGGACGCGAAAUAGAAAGAAUAAUUGCUUCUUUUAAACUGAAUGCUUAUGAUGUUCUUGGAAUUUUACCUGGAAUGAGUGUUGACGAUAUCAACAACUUAUAUCGAAAGGAAUCACUUAUGAUUCAUCCAGACAAAAAUAGGGACAACCCGAAAGCUGCAGACGCUUUCAAUAUAUUAAAAAAGGCUCAGUCUGAUUUACUUAAUGAAAAUAUACGAGAUUCUUUGGAUUCUGCAUAUACGACAGCAAGAAACCAAUUGAUUGCUGAAAAAAAGUUGAAAUGGGACUCUGAGGAGGUGAAAUCUGAAGAGUUUUUAUUUGACCUAAGAAUUCGCUGGCGUGAUAUCUUAAUUGACGAUGAAAUUGCAAGGCGGCGAGCAAGACAAUUGGAGUUGUCUUACCAACAAAGGGAACAGUCAAAAAAAGACGAGGAAACCAAAAAUCGCAAACGAAGAAUGGAAUCGGAUAAGGUUUGGGAAGAAACUAGAGAUGACCGUGUAAACAAUUGGCAAGAUUAUCUGCAUAAAACGAAGAAAAGCACUAUAAAGAAGAAAAAUAAGAAACCAAAGGUUUUGGGAUAAACGACGUACUUAUGAAUGAACUAAGAUAAUAUGUGAUUAAUCUUUGCUUUUUGUGUCUUAUAUGAACUAUCUAUAAGGUACUAAUGAACAUGUUUGAGCUGAAGAUGAAAAGAAUUAAAUAUACUUACACAGGUUUCUUCAACUGUAAUUGAAAAAUAGAAAACUACUCCAAUAAUGUAGAAGCCAAAAAAGAAAAUGGAAUAAAAAGCAUUCAUAUUUUCAACACC